AGCACAGAAGACGGUCACUCCCUCUCUCCUCCUCCUCCUCCCUAACGUUUUAUCAGGCCUGUACCGGCCUGCUGUUCCACACUGCAACCUCCAUCCAUCUGCAGCACCAUGGACACUCCAGUAUCCCCCACAUCCAUGACCGACCUGUGGAAAUCCAGCAGCAUUUCCAUCACAGAGUCUGAGGAGGAGGAAGAGACCAAGGUCCACAAGGUGGUCAGCAUCUUCCAGCGCUACAUCCAGCCCUGGCUGGCCGAGGUGGUGGGCUCCAUGCUCUUCAUCUUCACCGGUUGCAUGUCUGUGAUAGAGGACCCCCUGGACACGGGCAGCCUGCAGCCUGCCCUGGCACACGGCCUGGCACUGGGCAUCGUCAUUGCGCUGUUUGGAGAAAUCAGUGGAGGUCACUUCAACCCUGCUGUAUCCGUGUCCGUCUGCCUGUCCGGGGGUCUCAAUGUCAUCAUGCUUGUGCCUUAUAUAGGAGCACAGCUCUGUGGAGGAGUUAUAGGAGCAGGUCUGGCCAAAGCUAUUUCUCCACCUCAGGUUUAUUAUAACACAUCUGGAGGAGCGUUUAACACGGUGAAGCACGGGGAUCAGAUCGGGCCUGCUAUAGUAGCUGAGGUGGUGAUGACUCUGUUCCUGACCAUGUCUGUGUGUAUGGGGGCCGUUAACGGCAAGACGCGUUCCUUACUGGCCCCGUUCUGUAUUGGGCUGACAGUCACGGCUGACGUCCUGGCAGGAGGAGCGAUUUCUGGAGCCUGCAUGAACCCAGCUCGUGCAUUUGGCCCUGCAGCAGUGGCUCAUUACUGGACCUAUCACUGGAUCUACUGGGUUGGACCAAUGGCUGGAGCUCUGAUCACGGGGGUUCUCGUUAGGUUGAUGCUCGGUGAUGAGAGGACCAGACUGCUCCUGAAGUGACCUGCUGACGCUUGCCAUUGCUGGAGUGAUUGAAGAAUGAAGAAUUAAAUAUGUGAAUAAUGUUGGUAAUUUGUGGAUUGCCAAAUGUUCAGGCGUUCAUUUCUGUUGGGGUUUAAAGAGGCUGAUAGAUGGAGUAUCCUUAUACUUUCUGUUCUUUGAAAGUCCUACACAUUCCCUGCACUCUCCAGCCAGUUCUUAACAUUUAACACUGCAGAAGAACACAGAACCACUCAGACAGAAGCCUGCAGUUAAGUUAAAUUAUUCCAUUUAUACCACUACGUUUUGUUACUGUACUCCUAUAGUCUCUCCAUCGCCAAACGUGGCACAUGGAUCCAAACAGUUUCAAACAUAUGUUUUAUUUAUUGGUCCCAGAUUUGAUUUAAAAGAACGAUCAAAUCUUUGACCUGUCUCACUUUUUCUAUAAAAAUGAUAAGCACCAAUAUGAUGGUCUUUGUCAGUUUAACUUUAAGCAAUACAGUUAGACUUUCCUUCUUUAAAGCAGCAGUCCUUAAGAUGUUUCCUUGUAAACUGAAGUUAAGUUGAGUUAAGAAAAGACAAAUAUAUCCUGGUACCACAACUCCUGUAGCGUCUAAUAUAUAAUAUAUUUAUUCCAAAAACAGAGUGGUCUGGUAGGUUUGUUGGAUGUAAUUGCUCUCUACCUUUUGACAGUAUUUCAUAAAUGAACUAAAUGAAUGAUAAUUCAGUUUGAAGUAUGAAACUCAUAUAUUAUAUUGAUGUAUUACACACAAAGUGAUCUAUUUUAAGCGUUUUUCUCUUUUAUUGUUAAUAAUUAUAGCUUACAGCCAAUGAAAACCCAAAAAUCUGUGUCUCAGAAAAUUAAAUAUAUUAUAUAAGACCAAUUGGUACUUUUGGCAGUGUGGGCAGUGUGCCAAGUCCUGCUGUUUAUGAGUACUAGUGUGAAGUUUCCACAAUCAGUGAUGGUUUGGAGAGUCAUGUCUUCUGCUGCUGUUGGUCCACUGUGUUUUACCAAGUCUAAAGACAGCGCAGUGUUUUCCCACAAAAUCUUACAGCACUUUAUGCUUCCCUCUGCUGACAACUUUUAUGGAGAUGUAGAUUUUAUUUUCCAGCAGGAUUUGGCACACCGCCCACUCUGCCAAAAGUACCAAUUGGUCUUAUAUAAUAUAAAAUUUUUCUGAGAUACUGAUUAGUUUUUUUGGCUUAUAGCCAUAUUAAUCAACAGUAAAAGAAAUAAACAUGAUCUUAGAAUAGAUCAGUCUGUGUGUAAUAUAUCUAUAUAAUAUAUGCGUUUCAAAUUUUAAACUUAAUUACUGAAAUAAAGUAACUUUUCAAUGAUUUUCUAUUUUUUUGAGAUGCAUACAGCAAUUCCAAUUACAUUUUACAUUAACCUGCAUUUAAAAAAGUGCUCUUCCAUAUUCUUGGUGCAGUUACACAUUCUUACCAGAGAGGUCUCUAAAUCACCACAUUUCCAAACCCUGUCUUUGCUGAACUCAACACCAUUUUCUUUUCUUAGACAUUUAAGAAUAACCAGCAUGUCCGUAUGUUAUUUUAGAUUACAUUAUGUAGCGUCAACUGACACAGUACUUUUAAUUCAAUAUGAUAGUUAAGGUUAACUAUAUGAACAUGAACAGUCCCCAUUCACAAAAGACUUACUCAAACUGAAAUCUUCUUAAUUUAGAUGUAUGUGAAAUUAAGAAAAUUAUAUAUUUUAUAUAUAUUUAAAGUGAUCUUUAUAUGAACUAAAUGAUUACUUACCUUGAUUAACUGUUUAUGUUUAUGCAUAUAAAUAAAAUUGUAAACAAAUAUAGACAUGUUAUUCUCCAAAAUAUAGAUAAUAAUAAAAAAAACCUGGGAUUGAGCUAGCGUACUGAUGGCACCUGGGCCAGGUUUGAGUAUAUAAUGCCUCUUAUGCUUGCCAAACGUGUAAAGAUUAUUUCUUACAGUAGUUUAGUUUUUUAUUAAUUAAUAUUUGUGUAGAUUAAAUAUCUGCAGUUGCUCUAAUGAAGAAUGUUAGAAGAUGUUUUUUUUUAGUUGGCAAUUGUGUUUAAAUGUUGAUUUUUUUAUGUGUGUCAUAAAGAGUUUCUUCCUAUUGUUUUAGAUCUCUGACAAUAUGUGAAUGUGCCUAUAGGGGUGAAUGACCCGUUUUCUUGGAACUGUAAUUUAAAAUAAUACAUGAAAUGAAUAAUAAUAAAAGCAAAAUGGGACUAUGUUCAUAUUUGGAAUUUGGAAUUAAUUUGGAAUGUAUGAUGUAAAUUUCCAUUUGAAGAACGUAAACUCAAAACAAAUUGAAUGAAAUUUUUACAAUUCAUGAUUUAACUUUUUACAAUGUUCAAUAUUGAAAUAAAAGAAAGUUAUUGAAAUUAAAGAAAGUUGUGCCAU